CAAAAGUCUUUUCUCUCAGUCUCUCUUGAUAACUUCCUUCCCCGGAGAAAAGAAACCGAAACAGAGACCAUGGCGUCUUCAACGCAAGACGAAGAAGCCCUCCACUGCAAGGAAGAAGACGCACUCGGCGAAGAACCGGAGCUUAUUGACCUGAACAUAGAAGCCAAACACGAAGACGAUGAGAAGAUCGUGGCCUCUGAGUCAUCAGCGACAAGCGAACAAGAAGUGAAAGAUGCUAAUCAAGAAGACGAAAGCAGAGGAGGAGUGAUCAUGAUGGUACCUUCUUCAACAGCAAGAAGCUUAACUCAAGAAGAGGAAGAGGCAAGGGAAAAGGAUGCUCGCGCCUCAGCAACCCUCGUGUCUAUGUACUACGAAGUCCCACCUAAGGAUCCAUCUGUCCUCGAAAUACACGAUCACCGGGAAGAUGACUCAGAACAAACCAUGAGGUUUCUCACCCGAUGGAAAGCUCCGAAGAUUCCACCGAAGAAGAUCAUUCACGACAGGUUGGUCGAGCAAUGCAGCAGACCGGUCCAAAAGCAGCUGACGACGAGCGACGUGAAAGAGAGGCGGCUGUCUUUACCGAGGAACAAGUUUCAGAAGCUUCUUGAUGAGUCAGAGGCAACGCGCGGGAGAAAGGAGACUAGGGUUUCGGUUUACGGACCAGAAGGGGAGGUUCAUGAGAUGUGGCUUGGUGAUGAUGAUGAGGAGGAGAGGUCUUCUUCGUUUGAGUUGGUGAUCGGGUGGAGGAAGUUCAUCGUGGAUUAUGAGCUCAAGGAGUGUUGCGACUUCAUCACGGUGUGGAUGUUUAGGCACAGAGACACGCAACGGAUUUGCUUAGCUGUUGAUGCCACACGUUUUGUGUUCAGGUUACAGGUUAGUAAGAGGAUCUCUGAGGCUGCUUUCGAGGAUUCUGAUUAGAGAUUUAAUGAGAUAUUGAACAUGAGGUUGAAGUUUUAAAGGUUUUGAUUUGAGUCACAUUCUCAGUU